GGUUUACGAGCUUUUGGCACGGGACUCGUAUGCUCGUUGUAUGUACCAACUAGGGCCUCGUGUUUUCGAUAGGAAUGCAGAUCAAUGUCUUACUAAAACCAUGACUCAGCUCUUGUUUUUUUGAAAAGUUUUGAAAAAGAAUUUGCCUCGUAUAAUUUUUGUGUAAAUUACCUUUGUGUAUAAAAUUUUUAAAUUAAUUAUAAAUGAGUUUAACUCAGUUUAUCUUAUAACUUUAAAUAUUUUGGCAUUUUUCAAUAUAUAUAUGAUAUUCUUUUUAUUAAAUUGAUUUUCUGAAUGUAGGUUUUCUUUUAAAGAAAUAUUUUAUAUUAUAAGUGUUUUUACUUUCGUUGCAAUUCUUUACUAUAAAUUUUGUUUCCGAACUCUUUUAGAACUAAGAGUGCCUAGGGAGGUGUGUUAUACUGACAAUGCAAGCGAAGGCUUUUGCUUUUUGGUAAAUGCCUUUUCUAUCUCACUUCAAGUCAAUAUUUCAUUUUGACUUUUUAGCAUUUGCCGUAGGAAUAAUGCUAAGUGCUUUUGAUUCUGUUUUGGCUUAGAUCCCUGUUCUUGAUAUCUUGUUUGAAUAUCUUGGCAUGGUUUCCAUUUCAUUUCAUCCAUGCAUUGUGACUUUGCACGUUGCAACAAAUAAGUCAGUCAUUGGCUUAGUUGAGAAUUAGAUUUUUGAAAAUACAUCCAUGAUACGUUGCUUGUGACUUUUCAAUUGCCUCAUGAAAAUUAUUCAUUGCAAAUACAAUUUCGUGAGUUCAUUAAGAAUUGAGAUUUUUGAAAAUGCAUUCAUGAUUCGUGAAUGGUGACUUCAUAUCAGUGAUAUCUCCUUUUUUUUUUUUUCUUUUUUUUUUUGAUCAGCCAUAUCAGUGAUAUCACUUGCCAAAGAGACAAUAGACAAUUAGUUGUACAUAAAAACCAAACCCAAGUGGACGCCCAACCACCAUUAUUUAUUCAAUCACUCCACCCAACUAUUAGUUCAACACUCUUGUAGUUUGUAAUCCUAAAGAAGCUACUACUUCAAUUUCUAUGAUCCAAUGGGCUCCCUGGCAGAAACCCAAAGCCAAAUCCGUAGUGACACAGACAAAGAUCAAGAACAUUCCUCAUAUGCCAUGCAGCUUGUUAACUUAUCUGUGCUGCCCAUGGCCCUUCACGCAGCAAUUCAACUGGACAUUUUUCAGAUCAUUGCAGAAGCUGGUGCAGAUGCCAAGCUCUCACCACAAGAGAUUGCUUCCCAGUUGGCCACUUGCAAUCCAGAUGCACCCAUGAUGCUGGACCGCAUCCUCAGGCUCCUAGCCACCCACAGCGUGGUCACUUGCUCUGUUGAUUUUGACAAUCACGGUGAUCCUCAGAGGCGAUAUGGUUUAGCACCUGUGUCCAAGUACUUCAUCCGAAAUGGAGAUGGUGUUUCUUUAGGCCCCUUGCUGAUGUUGAUUCAGGACAAGGUCUUCUUAGAUAGUUGGUACCAAUUGAAGGAUGCAAUUGUUGAAGGAGGAAUUCCAUUUAACAGGGUCCAUGGAAUGCACGCUUUUGAAUACCCAGCUAGAGAUUCCAGGUUCAAUCAAGUUUUUAAUGAAGCAAUGAUGAAUCAAACCACCAUGUUUAUCAAGGAGAUCCUUGAGUCCUACCAGGGUUUUGAGCAUCUUAGGCGGUUGGUUGAUGUUGGUGGGGGUCUUGGAGUCACCCUUAGCUUCAUCACUGCCAAAUAUCGUUCCAUCCAAGGAAUUAAUUUCGACUUGCCUCAUGUUAUUCAGCAUGCUCCACCAUACCCUGGUGUUGAACAUGUAGGAGGGGAUAUGUUCGAAAGUGUUCCCAAGGGAGAUGCCAUUUUUAUGAAGUGGAUACUUCAUGACUGGAGCGAUGAUCAAUGCGUGAAGCUGUUGAAGAAUUGUUACAAUGCUAUACCAGAUGAUGGAAAAGUAAUCAUUGUGGAUGCAAUUGCUCCGGUUUUACCUGAGACAGACG